AUGAAGAGAUCGUGGGUAUGGCAAUACUUUGAUCAAGAUGAAAAUGGAGAGGCAAUUUGCAGAUCAUGCAAAAAGAGAUUUAGAACUAGUAGUGCAACCUCGGGGUUGAUAAGACAUGCUGAUAAAGCACAUGGCCUACACAAGAUGACACAAUUAGUGCAAGGAGAACAUGAUCCACAUAUAUCCAAUCAUUCAGAUAUUUCAUAUUCUGAUAAUGAGGAUAUUAAAAAUGUAAACAUUAUCGAGGUAGAUCUCCCACCAUUUAGCCUUAUAGAAGAGCAGAGCUUCAAGGAAUAUUUCCAGACUCCUGACUAUCAACCUCCAACAAAGAAGAUAAAGAGGAAUCAUCAACAACUAGAAGAGGCACGUGGUCAUCAACGCAGUCCCUCAGAUACACAGGCAUUUCGCGAGAGAACCAAGAGGGAUGCCCUGAUAGAGCUCCAGAGGGAAUUGGAGAAGCUCCAAGGUACUGCCCCUACAAGUGACCUCCAGAACGAGUUCCAGAGACAGUUCGACGGCUUCACUAACUUAUUCGAACGGUUCCUGCAAGAGGAAGGACCCUCACUAGAAUGGGACCGCAUACAGAAACUGCCAGACGAUGCUAUCAGAGACUACAAUACUUUGCCAAUCCCAGAAGGAGAAGAGGUGAAAUCCCUUUUAAACAAGCUAGUUGUUAUCAGAUUGAACGGUGGGCUUGGAACUAGCAUGGGAUGUCAUGGACCGAAGUCUGUGAUAGCUGUUCGAAAUGGACUCACAUUUUUGGACCUUACGGUUCAGCAGAUUGAGUAUUUGAACAAAACUUAUAAUGCCAACGUACCCCUCAUAUUGAUGGACUCUUUCAACACCGACGAUGACACACAACGAAUUAUCAGGAAAUACAAAGGGAUUGAUGUUGAUAUCUACACCUUCAAUCAAAGCUGCUACCCUCGUAUCAAUAGAGAUUCUCUCCUACCUAUUGCUAAGCAUUGUGAUGUACCAGAUGAUAUUGAGGCAUGGUACCCUCCUGGCCAUGGAGAUUUCUAUGAGAGCUUUAGGAAUUCAGGUUUAUUGAAAAAAUUCUUGAAAGAAGGACGCGAGUAUUGUUUCAUUUCAAAUAUUGAUAAUCUUGGUGCGACCAUAGAUUUUAAAAUUUUGAAGAUGUUGUUGGCCAAGAAUGAACCAUCCCCCCUAGAAUUUGUUAUGGAAGUUACUGAUAAAACUCGCGCUGAUGUCAAGGGCGGAACAUUGAUUAAAUAUGAAGACAAGCUUCGUCUUCUUGAAAUUGCACAAGUUCCAAAAGAUCACGUGGACGACUUCAAAUCGGUAAAAACCUUCAAGUUCUUUAAUACAAAUAAUUUGUGGAUCAAGCUUAGUGCCAUCGAAAGGGUUGUUAACUCAAAUUCUCUGAACAUGGAAAUUAUCGUUAACAAUAAAACCUUCGGCAAUGGUAUGAAUAUCAUCCAACUAGAGACAGCUGUGGGAUCCGCAAUGAAAUCAUUUGAAGGAAGCAUUGGUAUAAACGUGCCACGUAGCAGAUUUUUGCCAGUAAAAAAGACCUCAGAUUUAAUGCUAGUUAUGAGUAAUUUGUACACUCUCCGCAAUGGUUCCUUAGUAAUGAGUCCGCAACGAAUGUUCCCAACAACACCCCUUAUCAAAUUAGGCGAUAAUCAUUUCUCCAAGGUCAAAGAGUUUCUUACCAGAUUUCCAACUAUACCAGAUCUGCUCGAGUUGGAUCAUUUAACAGUGUCAGGUGACGUCACUUUUGGCAAAGGCGUGACCUUAAAAGGAACAGUCAUCAUCAUCGCGAAUCACGGGGAACGCAUAGAUCUUCCAUCGGGCACGAUUUUAGAAAACAAAAUUGUUUCCGGCAAUCUACGUAUUUUGGAUCAUUAAAUGAUUUAUUAUAGGAAAUAUGUUUCGACUGUGUGACGAUAACAGAAGAGUUUAAUUAUAUUUCAAAUAAAGAGUAUGCAUGUUGUAAUUGUACAUUAAAAGAAAAGUUUAGGAGA